UACUUUUGAGCACCUCGAACUCUUUUCGCUGCUUUCUCUCGCUACCGGCCUCGCCGAGUAUCUCUUCUAUUGCUAGCUCUUCUGCGAGCGAAGCACAGUUAAUGGAAGAAGAGAAGCAGCAUGACAUUCUGGAAGAAGGGGAAAUAGGCACAACAGUUGAAGAAGAAGAAGAAGAAGAAGAAGAAGAGCAGGAAAAAUCGAACCCGAUCAACGGCGCAUCAACAGAGAGCUUCUUCGACGCGCAUCCGUGGCCGGUGUUUAGAUUUGACAUUCCUCCUCGGAGGGCCUACCACUUUGCCCAACAGUUCCGAGGCGGCUCGAACCCUCAAAACUUCCUCAAAAGCGUCAAAUGGUCCCCUGACGGCUCUGCUUUUCUCACCAGUUCUGACGACCAGUCUCUCCGCUUGUUCUACCUGCCCGAAGAUGCCUACUUCAAUACUGGAAAGCUCGAAGAAUGUCAAAUUUCUCAAGAUUCCUAUUCUUCAGCUCUUACAGUGAAUGAAGCAGAGAUGGUAUACGAUUACUGUUGGUACCCUUACAUGUCUAUGUUGGAUCCUACCACCUGUGUGUUUGUCAGCACAACAAGAGACCAUCCUAUUCAUCUUUGGGAUACCAUUUCUGGUGAGCUUCGCGGCACUUAUAGGGCAUACGAUGCCAUGGAUGAAAUAACUGCAGCACUUUCAGUCUCAUUCAACACAUGCGGUGCUAAACUCUUUGCUGGAUACGAUAAACACAUCAGAGUUUUCGAUGUGCAUCGUCCUGGUCGGGAUUUUGAGCAAUAUUCUUUGGCUAAAGUGGAUGCCGGAUCAUUAGGUAUUGCAUCGUCAAUUGCCUUUUCUCCCACUUAUAGUGGGAUGCUCGCAGUUGGCUCAUAUAGCCAGACUACUGCACUAUAUGCGGAAACUAACAUGGAACUUUUAUAUGUUUUGCAUGGUCAAAUGGGUGGGGUUACCCAGGUCCAAUUUUCCAAGGAUGGAAACUAUCUAUAUACUGGGGGGAGGAAGGAUCCGUACAUAUUAUGUUGGGAUAUUCGAAAUACUGUUGGUGUUCUCUACAAAUUGUAUAGGUCUUCAGAAUCUACAAAUCAACGGAUAUCUUUUGAUAUUGAACCUAGUGGAAGGCACCUUGGUACAGGUGGACAGGAUGGUAUAGUUCAGAUAUAUGACCUUCAGUCAGGAGAGUGGGUGUCUGGGUUUCAAGCUGCAUCUGACACUGUUAACUGUUUCUCUUUCCAUCCAUCCGUGCCAUUGGCUGCAACAUCUUCCGGAAAUCGUAGAUUUAUCUUGCCUGGCAAUGUCGAGGAUAGCUAUAGCUUAAGUG